ACAAAGCCGAGAUAAUGACGCUCGCUUACUCCAGUCUCCACCAUCUGUGAUGCCCUACCACCUCUGCAUCGACGGCGGGGGCACGAAGACGAGCGCCUUCCUCGCGCACGUUGGGACGCGCACUGUAGUUGCUGUGGGCCAUGCUGGCCCGUCGAACUUGACUUUCGGACUGGACGCAUGCCUCGCCGCAACGCGAGAGGCAGUUGCAGAUGCCGUAGAGGCGCUUCACCAGAUGGAUCCCGACUCAAGGAUCGCCUUUCCCCUCGGCGACGUGAGAUUUGACCGCGUCUGGGCGGCCUACGCUGGAUGCACCCGCCAGAGUGACCGAGACGCGCUUCUCCCGCCCCUGCAAGACAUGUUCGGGGAGGUGCGGCUCACUGGCGACGGCGAGCUGUUGACGGCCCCGGCGCUGGGUGGGCCGCCACAGCGCUUUGUUACGCUCAUCUGCGGGACGGGAUCGCUUGCGCUAUUGUGGACCUACAGGGACGGGCGAGCGGAGCAGCUCGCGCGCAGCGGCGGGUGGGGGCCACUCUUGGACGACGCCGGGAGCGGAUGGGCGCUCGGCAAGGAGGCCGUCAAAAGCGUGCUUACAUUUGUUGCGAAUAAGCGCGAGCUGAAGACCUGGCACCGCGAGGUGCUCGCGCACUUCGACCUUGACCGGGAAACGGGAGCCGAUCGGCUCAUCGCCAAAUCCUCGAAACUAGAUCCUCUGCUCUCGCCUGCAGAUGGCGAUGCGGAGCGCAAAAAGCGCAUUGCGGAGUGCUCCCGGCUUGUCGUAACUGCCGCGGAGAAGGGGGAUGAAGAAGCGCUCCGCCUCCUCGGAAUUGUUGCGGAGCAGGUGUGCUCAACGCUUGCCCCGCUGGUCACGGAGGCGAAGAGGCUCGGGGAAGAGGAGGAGACUAUGCUUGUAGUUGCCGGCGGACUGGGACAGGCGGAGGCGUUUUGGAGGCACGUUGAGAGACUGUUUAAGGAGCGCGAGUGGCGAUUCCGGACAGUCAAAGUGCCCGAACCGGGGAGAAGUGGGCUUGAGGGGCUGCUUAAGUAGAGGUGCGACAAUGUAUGUGACUGCUGUA